UCGAAGCGACGCAUGCAACGCUGAUCGUGGGGCUUCUUCUCGGAGGAUACCGCCUGGUUUUGCUGCCGGGGCUUUCCUGCGUUCUGUCUUGCUUCCUGGGGUUCCGCUGCCAAGGAAGCUGCUGCCGGAAAUCUUGCUCAUUUCGCGAUCUUCUGCUCUCAAUCACACGGGCCAUCCUUGCCACACGUCUCUAGGAAGAUGGCUGACAACGGUCCUCCCGCGGCCCCGGGUCAAUUGCCCCCGCCCCCUCAGCCCAACGCGGGCGCCCCCGGCUACGAGAACGGCCAGAACACCGGCUCGAAUCCCGCUCAUAUGCCGCCCCCUCCUCUUCACAUCCCCCAGAACACGAAUCCGAUCCCGACCGCGAUCACUUCCCCGAUGGGAGCGGGCGGCGACAAGAGUGGCAUCAUGUCUCCCAGCAGCGGCGGCCCUUUUGGUCGCCGCGCCGCACCGGAGCCGAACAAGCGUGCACUCUAUGUUGGAGGCUUGGAUCCCCGCGUCACGGAAGACGUCUUGCGUCAGAUCUUUGAGACGACUGGCCACGUCCAGAGUGUCAAGAUCAUUCCGGACAAGAAUGCUAGGGGGUACAACUAUGGCUUCGUCGAGUACGACGACCCGGGCGCCGCUGAACGCGCCAUGCAGACGCUGAACGGCCGCCGCGUCCAUCAGUCGGAAAUUCGCGUUAACUGGGCCUAUCAGUCCAACAACGCCAACAAGGAGGACACUUCGAACCACUUCCACAUCUUCGUCGGUGAUCUCUCCAACGAGGUGAACGAUGAGGUCCUCCUCCAGGCCUUCUCCGCCUUUGGUUCGGUUUCCGAGGCGCGUGUCAUGUGGGAUAUGAAGACUGGUCGAUCCCGCGGCUAUGGCUUCGUCGCCUUCCGUGAGCGCGCGGAUGCCGAGAAGGCCCUGAGCUCCAUGGAUGGCGAGUGGCUUGGGUCCCGCGCCAUCCGCUGCAACUGGGCCAACCAAAAGGGCCAGCCGUCCAUCGCCCAGCAGCAGGCCAUGCAGCAAAUGGGCUUGACGCCGACCACGCCUUACGGCCACCACCACUUCCCCACCCACGGCAUACACAGCUACGACAUGAUUGUCAACCAGACGCCGGCUUGGCAAACCACAUGCUACGUUGGUAACCUGACCCCAUACACGACCCAGAACGACAUCGUUCCGCUUUUCCAGAACUUUGGGUUCGUCGUCGAGUCCCGUUUCCAAGCCGACCGCGGAUUUGCUUUCGUCAAGAUGGACACGCACGAGAAUGCCGCUAUGGCGAUUUGCCAGCUCAAUGGCUACAACGUCAAUGGCCGCCCGUUGAAGUGCAGCUGGGGCAAGGACAAGACGCCCGCCCAUCAUCAGCCGUUUGACCCCAACCAGCCGUACAGCCCUCAAAGUGCGCAGACCCCUGGCUACCCCGGCACGCCGUCCGCUUAUUUCAACCAGUAUGGUGGUAGGUGUUCUCGCACGGCUGCUGCUCCGAACUCGGUCGUUAAUGUUCCCAUAGGUUCUUACGGCCCGGGCCAGCAGCCGGGUUACGGCGGUGGCCCCCAGGCUCAGUCACCAGCCGGCUACGCUGCGCAGCCGAUGGGCUACAGCGGUCCGCCGAGUGCUGGCGGCUAUGGCCGUGGUCAGCAGUCCAAUGCGCAUUGGAACCAGCCGCCGCCGGGUCAGAGCUUCAAUAACGGCUUCUCCGGUUACCAGGGCUAGGAGCCCCGGCGCCGUCACCGUCAUUGAAUGACGAUAGUGCUGCACUGGGCC